AUGGCGGACUGGAACUUGUUGGGCAAGCUUCUGGAGAGUGCCCAGGAGCACUCCACCGUAGUAGGCAAGGUCUGGCUGACCGUGCUCUUCAUCUUCAGGAUCCUGGUGCUAGGAGCUGCAGCUGAGAAGGUGUGGGGUGAUGAGCAGUCUGGCUUCACCUGCGACACCAAGCAGCCUGGUUGUCAGAAUGUCUGCUAUGACAAGACUUUCCCCAUCUCUCAUAUCCGCUUCUGGGUGCUGCAGAUCAUCUUCGUGUCCACACCCACUCUCAUCUACCUGGGCCACAUCCUGCACCUGGUGCGCAUGGAGGAGAAACAGAAGCAGAAAGACUUGGCUGCGCAAUUGGCCAUCCACAAUGACAAGCAGCAGCUGCUGCCCGACGCCAAGCCCAAGAAGCCCCCCGUCCGGGACGACUUUGGCCGCAUCCGCCUGCAGGGGGUCCUGUUACGCACAUACGUCUUCAACAUCAUCUUCAAAACCCUGUUCGAGGUGGUAUUUAUCAUCGCUCAGUACCUGCUCUAUGGGUUUGAGCUGAAGCCUCUGUACACCUGCAACCGCUCACCCUGCCCCAACGUGGUGAACUGCUACAUCUCCAGGCCCACAGAGAAGACUAUCUUCAUCCUCUUCAUGUUGGCAGUGGCAUGUGUCUCACUGGUGCUAAACAUAGUGGAGAUGUAUCACCUGGGGUUCACCAAGUGCCGCCGGUACAGAUGUGCCCAGUCCACAUGUGAGACAGGGUCCAAGGCCCCCAGCGAGGCAGUGGUGCCUUUUGUCCCAAACUAUAACUACUUCCCCAGGCACCACCCAGCCAAUGAGCCCUACCAUGCAGAUCAGUACAUCUUGAAUGAGCCUGACUCUACCUACCACCCCUACAACAGCAAAGUGGCUUACAAGCAGAACAGAGACAACCUGGCUGUAGAGAUGAACAGUAAACCAGAAGGGGGUGACACCACAGAAAGGAAAUGCUCCAGUUCUGCUCCAGGGUCGCCUUCAGAGAAACAACGGCGAUCCAGCAAGCACAGCAAUAGUAAGACCAGACUAGAUGAUCUGAAGAUCUGA